AUGCCCACCCACUCGCCUGCGCUUCAAGCGCUGCUGGAGCCGCUGACCACCGACACGUGGGUGCAAUGCGACUCCUGCGAGGUGUGGCGAAGGGUCCCCAACUACGUCUCCGAACGUCUUGGCGACAACGACCAGUGGUUCUGCUCCCUGAACAACGACCCGAAGUUCGCCAACUGCGAGGCUCCCCAAGAGAUCGACAACGACGAGAUCGACAUCCUUCUCGCCGCGCAGGAGGCCAGGCAGGAGGCCGCCGAGGUGGAUAAGUUCGGGCGCCAAGACGCAAAGGCGUCGAAGAACAUCUGGCACAGGAUCCACCGCAACAUCUUCACGCACCGCGAGCCUAAGAGCGUGACGGAGGACGACGUGCUCAUAUGCGCGUGCGUUCCGGACCCGGAGACGGGUAAGGGAUGCGGCCCCGACUGCAUCAACAGGGACGUGCUCGUCGAGUGCGAUCCAGCGUUUUGCCCGUGCGGCGACGGGUGCCAGAACCAAAAGUUUCAGAAGAAGGACUACGCGAAGCUCGACAUCCAGCGCACCGGCCGCAAGGGCCACGGCCUGUUCACCAAGCAAGCGCUUAAGAAAGGGCAGUUCAUCAUCGAGUACAUCGGCGAGGUGUUGCACGAAGACGAGUACAGGUCGAGAAAGGCGAGGUACGACGAUGAGGGCAGGAGACACUACUACUUUAUGACCCUGUCUUCUUCGGAGACUAUCGACGCGGCGGAGCGAGGCAACGCGGGUCGCUUCCUCAACCACUCGUGCGAUCCCAACUGCGAGACGCAGAAGUGGAUGGUGAACGGCGAGCUUUGCAUCGGCAUAUACGCGCUCACCGACAUCGACGCCGGAGACGAGCUGACGUUCGACUACAACUUUGAGCGUUACGGGGACAACCCGAUCAAGUGCUUCUGCGGCACCAGCAGGUGCGGCGGUUGGAUCGGCGCUCCCAAGGACGACGAAGGCGGCAAAGACGACGACAGCGACGACGACAUCGACGCGUUCGAUCCCGACCUGGAUCCCGACCCGGUGAUGCUCGAGGCUGACGAGGCGGCCAUCGAGAAGGAGGAGGAGGAGGGCAGGACUGCUAAGAUGCGGGAGAGGAUUCGAGCUCGUCGCGGAUCGGGCGACGACGUCGCGCGAUGGAAGCCCAAGGACGUGUACGGCAACGACGACGACGAUUACGACGGGGACGGGGAGAUCGCGAGGGCCCGACGGGAGAAGGAGCGCGAGGAGGCGCGCGCGCGUAAAUCGUCGGGCGGGGGCGGGGGCGGCGGCGGGGGCGGGGGCGGGCGAAGGUCCGGCGUGGGCUCCGGCGUCCGCAGGUCGGGCUCCUCGGCGGGGCUCAAGCGCGUGGGAUCUGGCCAAGGCGGCGGGCUCCUCCCUUCGAACUACGGGACCUACGCGCUCGGGGCGCGCAGGUCUGAGGUUGACGUCAAGAUGGAGCGUCUGCGCGGUAAGUCCGGCGCGCUGCGUAACUCUCGAUGCGGCAAGGAGUGCAUACACCUCUUCAACCUCGCGUACUUUGUGACCAAGGAGGGCGUCCCGGACGUCUCCCAGCGAGACCUCGGACUGCUUCUCGAGGCGGUCGCGCUCACCACGAAUCCGAAGACGCAGGCGGACCUGGUGGAGUACGGCUUGCUGCAGGCGUUUCAGGUUUGCGUGCACAAGUUGGGAGGCGCGGGCGCGGGCCCAGACUACGUCCCCAUCCUUCGCAAGAUCAUCAAGAUCAUCGACAACAUCAUGACCAACUCCCCGAGGCUGGUCAAGGACGGGGUGGUCAAGGCGCGCACCGCCAGAGGUACCCUCGCGCAGGCUCUCGCGGACCUGAGGCGAUCGCCCGACUCGGGCCUGCGGGGUCUCGCCGCCGGGUUUUGCGCCAAGCUCGACCAGGACGCCAUCGCCUCCGCCGGCGGGUACGGCGUCACCCCCGGCCGCGUCUCCCCCGCGUUCGGCGCUCAGGGCGGCGGCUCGAACGCCCCUCCCCCGCCGUACGCGGCGAGGGGCGCCGGCGGCGGAUACUACGGCGCGUCACCCGCCGGUUCCGCCGCCGCACAGCCUAUAGUCGGGGGACCGCCCCCGGGGAGCACCCCGAGCAGACCCCACUUGCCGGGGAACACCCCGAGCAGACCCCCGUUGGCGCCCGCCCCGCCCGCGUCCACCCCCAACGGCAACUUCCGCCCCGGGGACUGGCACUGCCCCAAGGGGUGCGGCGUGGUGUUCGCGUCCAAGGCGGCGUGCUUCAGAUGCGGCGAGCGCAAGCCCGCGGAUGCCGACUACGCCACGCCGCAGAUGCGCAGGUCCGGCAGUUCCGGAUGGGGUCCGGAUGGAUUCGCGGCGGGAUCGGUCGCCAGCGGCGGGUCCAUCGGUCCCACGAGCGGGUCCAAGUGGUCCGAGCACCCCACCCCGGGGUCGGGGUACCCCGACCGGUCCGCCGGAAAGCCAUGCCACGCGUGCGGCGAGAUCGGGCACCUCGUCCGCGACUGCCCCGCUCGGCGGUGCCGCGGGUGCGGCGGUUUCGGGCACGUCGUCAGGGACUGCCCGGCGUCGCAGCCGUACGCGCGCCCCGCCGCUCAAACCGCGCACUCCGGCGUCGGCGCACCCGCCCCGUCCUCCCUGUCCUCCAUCGCCCCGGGCGGUAAGCGCGAUCGAUGGGACGACGCCCCGGGGGGCAAGCGCGCCAGGGUUGAAGAUUCUCGCGGCGGCUGGGGCGGCGUCGUGCGUGACCGAGACGUUCCCCCCGCCCCGCCGGGGAUGGGCGGGCCGGGCGGGAUCUCCGCGCCUCCGGGGAUGGGCGGGCCGGGCGGGAUCUCCGCGCCUCCGGGGAUGGGCGUGGGCGCCCCCGCGCCGAGGUCGGCGGCGGCGCCGAAGCAGCAGCCGCUUCCGCAGCGCGCGCCGACGGUGGCUUCGCAGUGGAACACGCCGCUGUCGGAGACGUUCAUGGACGACGUGUCCAAGAUGAUGGCGUGGGCGAUGGUGACGUAUCGCACCGAGUCGCACCCGCUGUACAUCCCGGGAGCAAACUACGACAGGCUCGUGGCGAAGCUCGCCAACUCCAUCGUGGAAAAGGAGAGGGCCCAGUGGAAGGAUAGGCAGAUGCCCAUCUCCAGCGCCGCGCUCGAGAAGCGACUCGGGCAGUACGUCGAGUCGCAGGUGAAGCACAUGCACGCGCAGCACCGCGCGAUGCAGUCACAGAAUGGGCGAUGA